AUGGCUGCGAUUGACUCCCCGUGGCUAUCGCACCUAGACCUGCCCAUGUCUUCUCGCGACGACGCCUCCUCGGCCUCGACUUCCGAGUCGCAGAAUGCGACAGGACUGCCCUCGACCUACGCGAGCUUCUCUCCCGUCACUUUGUCCGCCAACACCACGAGGUCUGCCCGCCGUUCCAACAUCCUCGUCCACCAAAAGAGUCCCCUGCUACUGGCGACGCCUCCGCAGGUGACGCGCGCUCUCGCCUACAGCCAUCCUUUUCUGCUGCCCUUGAAUAAGUUUCUGGGCCUGCUGACGUGGAGCACGGGCGAUCCCUGGCAGAGCUUCCUGCUGCUGUCUGCGUUCUGGUUCGCCGUGCUCUACGGAGAUGUGGUCGUUCGAAGAGCUGGCCCUGUUGUGGCUGGAAUGGGCCUGAUAGCCGGCAUGUACGGUCGAAGAUACAGCCCGCUGAGCAGCAGUGGCUGGACUGAACCUCAUCAGUCAGCCAAAGACGCGUCCAAUCCGGCCACUGUCUCCGCUGCAGGUCCGUCAAACGAAAACUCGAGCCCCAAAAAGUCCAAACACCAGAGGACAGCCUCCGAAGUCACCAGCACAAAACACCAAAAGACUCUCGACGAAAUCGUCGAGACCCUCAAGGAAUUCACGGGCCGGUGCAACGUCUUGAUGGAGCCACUGCUCGAAAUGACCGACUUUCUCAGCACGCAAAGGACUCCCACCAGCGCAACCACCAAGCCUGCCCUGACGGCCAUGUUUGCUCGCCUGCUGGUUGUGACGCCGUUUUGGCUGGCUCUCACCAUGCCGCCUUUCCACGUCAUCACCACUCGCCGUGUCGUCCUGGUUUUUGGAACCAUUGUGCUGACCUGGCACGCGCGGCCCAUGAGAGUCACGAGGACCCUUCUGUGGAGAAGCUCCCUCGUCCGGCGAUCGGCAGCCGCCAUUACUGGGCUUGGGUUCGACGGCCCGCCCAAGGCUGGCCACAAGAUCGCCGCCGAGACCGCCAAGGGCCAUGUGAAGCCGGGCGGCAACACCGGCCCCGGCAAGGGUCGAGGCAAAAGUUCGGGCGUCAAAUUCACCUUCAUCAUCUACGAGAAUCAGCGCCGUUGGGUUGGCCUGGGCUGGACAGCCAGCCUGUUUGCCUACGAGAGACCUGCCUGGACCGACGAACACAACAACCCUGUUCCCUCCAAGGAUGAGUUUGAGCUGCCGGAUGUGGAAGAUGGGAGCAAGAUGCGCUGGCAGUGGGUUGAGGGCAGCAGGUGGAGAGUUGAUGGAGUUGCCGACGACAAGGCUUCAGCUGAUUACGAAGGCGACGAGGCCAAGAAUGGGUGGAUUUACUACGAUAACAAGUGGCAAUACGGCAGGCGUGGGCAGGACGGUUGGGCCAAGUGGACAAGACGGAGGAAGUGGUAUCGCGAUGCUGAGCUGGUAGAAGUGGCCGAGCCAGAUACGCCGCAGGCGCCGCUGGAGCCGCCGCUGGAGCCGCCGCUGGAGCCGCCGCUGGAGCCGCCGCUGGAGCCGCCGCUGGAGCCGCCGCUGGAGCCGCCGAUGGAGCCGCCGGAGCCGCUAGAGCCCGGAGAGAACGGGUUACCAGAGUCACCAAAGACUUGUCACAAGAAGAGCUGCUCCACGACGAGCGAGAAAACGGUUCCGGCCCGUGCGGAGUUAAACCAUGUUUCUGGUGACCAGCCAGGCACCGAUGACGACGGCGCCUCGAUUCUAUCUACGUCUUCCAAAUCAUCCUUCUGGCCCAGCCUGAGGAGACGGCCGGCCGCGGAUAAACAGCGAACGUCUUCGGAAAAGGAUCACGCAAAGUCCAACUCGGGAGAAGCAGGGCUUGAUGACGAAGCCAGCGGGCUGGGCUUGGAGACGGAACUGGAGUUGCAGAAACAGGGCGAAGACGGGGGCCGAUGGGGGAUAGGUGACGAAGCGCGAAUGAACCUCGAAUGA